AUGGUUGAAUUGUUUAAACAAACCAGAUGGAAAUGUACAGAAAGGAAUGGAGAUCGAAACAGUUGUGCUCAAGUUUGGCGUCAUCGUUUUCAUUGUUCCGUCGAACAACCAACAUGUCUCAGCAUAACAAAAUUGGGAGAUUCAAGUGUAGAUUGUCGAAAUAAAUUUGAUAAAUUGUGGUUUGGGGAUGGUCGAGAAAUAUCCUCAAUGAAUUGUAACAGUCAAAGGCAAGAUGAAUGUUCACUUCUUCGUCAAUACAUUAAUCAAUCGUGGACAACGAUAUCGAUGAAUCACAGUGAAAUGCUUUCAAAAAAUCGAAUUUCUUUUCGUUAUUAUUGUGAUACUUUCUGGGAUCUCAAAUCGAGUAAAGAUGAAAAUAUCUUCGAUUGUCAACAAUCGUGGAUCUGUCCUGAACAUCAGUGGCGUUGUGGAGUUGGACAAUGCUUUAAACAACCUUGGAAAGACGAUGGUGAAUGGGACUGUGCAGAUGCUUCAGAUGAGUACCUCCGAUUGAAGCGUAUUACUGAAUCAGUACUCAAAGCAGCGUCUCGUCAUGAUUUUAUCAAUCGAUCUUAUUUUGUCCCGAGCACUUGUAAUCAAACUCAUCCAUUUCUGUGUCUUUCCUCGACGGCAACUCAACAAGGAUUUUCAUGUUUUAAUUUCAGUCAAAUCGGUGAUGGUCAGAUUGACUGUGCUGGUGCGAUAGAUGAACGAAUGACACUUCAACAUUGUUCUCAAUCAUCCGUGCUUGGACCAAAUUUUCAAUGUCCAUCGACGAAGACAUGCAUUGCUUAUCAUCUUCAUUGUCGUCCCGAUCAUCGAUGUCCAAAUCGUUCUGAUGAUGAACUGUAG